AUGUCUUCCGAAGGGCCUUACGGACGCCACGGCUUUCAGUCUAAUCCUGGAGGCGGCGGAUACGGGGGAGGUGCCAGCUACGGCGGUGGAGCUCCCACAGGAGGCGCCUACAUGGCUCCGUCGUACGGAGGUGGCUACGGCGGAGGCGCCUCCUACGCCGCUCCUUCUCCGCAAGGCUAUGGAGGAGAUUACGGUGGAUACAGUGCACAGGGAUCGGGUGAUUACAUGGUAGGUUUGGCUGGGGGGUAUUUUCAGGUCAUUGUGCCGUGGCCCAUGGUCGAUUUUGUCCAAGUGAUUGCACGAAUGGGCAAGACUUUGGGAAAGUUUUGCUAA